AUGGGCGACCUUGCUGAUCUCGCGGGUGCGGGCGAGGCGGCGCGUUCGCAUCUCGCCGCCGCCGGCGGCGGCGGCCAGCGGGACAGGAUGGCGGCGAUGCUGGAGCUCGCGGCGGCCGACGACGCCGCGGGGUUCCGCGAGGCGCUCGCGGGGGGAGGCGCCCAGGGCGACUCGGCGGAGCUGGCGGACGGAGUGGGGCUGUGGUACGGCCGAAGCAAGGCGUACGAGCCACGCACGCCGCUGAUGGUCGCGGCGACUUACGGCAGCGUGGAGGUGGUGUCGCUGCUGCUUGGCCUGGGAUGUGUCGACGUCAACCGGCGCCCUGGCGUCGACGGCGCCACCCCGCUGCACUGCGCCGCCUCCGGUGGCUCGCGGAACGCCGUGGCCGUCGUCAAGCUGCUCCUGGCUGCCGGCGCCGACCCGGUAACCCCGGACUCCGCCGGUCGCCUGCCUGCCAACGUCAUCUUGUCUCCUCCUGCUUCGCCCGACGCCUUGGGCGAUCUGGAGAUGCUCCUUGGCCGCCGCCGAGGGCUCGCUGUCGCGACCUCGGUGCCAUCGCGCUCGUCGUCCCCGCCGCUCUCUUCCUCGCCGGAUGAGGACAACAGGUCGCCAUCCUCGCGGUCGUCUUCGUUGUCCCCGAUUACCGUGGACCGUGCCAAGAAGGAGUAUCCGGUGGAUCCGACGCUGCCCGACAUCAAGAGCAGCGUGUAUGCCUCCGACGAGUUCCGCAUGUUCGCGUUCAAGGUGCGGCCAUGCUCCAGGGCCUACUCACAUGACUGGACAGAGUGUCCGUUCGUGCACCCUGGCGAGAACGCCCGCCGCCGGGACCCCCGCAAGCAUCCAUACACGGCAGUUCCCUGCCCCAACUUCCGCCGCCCUGGCGGCUGCCCCAGCGGUGAUAGCUGCGAGUUCUCCCAUGGUGUUUUUGAGAGCUGGCUCCACCCGUCGCAGUACCGCACAAGGCUCUGCAAGGAGGGCGCAGCUUGUGCCCGCCGCAUCUGCUUCUUCGCCCAUGAUGAAGAUGAGCUCCGCCAUGUGCCUCACAAUAGUGGUGCAGGUCUGCUGUCUCCCCGUGCCUCUUCAUCCAUUGACAUGACUGCUGCUGCUGCUGCUCUUGGGCUUCUACCUGGAUCUCCUACCAGGCACUUUGUGCCACCACCUCUGUCACCAUCUGCCUCCAACAUUGGUGGAGGUGCUGCUGCUCAUUGGCUCCAAGGUAGCAGGCUACGAUCUUCUUUCAAUGCAAGGGAUGCACAGGUUGAUGACCUUGUCGCGCUCCUGGAAUGGGAAUCACAAUACCUUGGAGCGCUCAGUCUCCCACAAAGCAGCCGAUCCCAGGCCCGCCUUUCUACUGGUCUGAGUAUUCGUCCAACAGCAAUUGCUCCAUCCAACCUUGAAGAGAUGUAUGCUCCAGACAUGGCUAUGUCGCCAAGGUUCACCAAUGACCAAGGUCACUCAGUCUACUCACCAGCACACAAAUCAGCCCUUCUAAACAAGUUUCAUCAGCAGCAAAAGGGCCUUUUGUCGCCUGUCAAUACCAACAGGAUGUACUCACCUAGGGGUCUUGAUCCAUCAAUUCUCCAUUCUCCAUUUGGUGGCAUGUCUCCUCGGUCGCCUCGGACUAUGGAGCCAACAUCUCCCCUAAGUGUCCGUGUUGGAGCUACGGUUACACAGCGUGAUAUGUUGGAUCAGUUCUCUUCCCUGAAUAAGCAUCAAGUGCCAACUGUGGGAUCGCCACGGAAUCUUAAUGCCUCAUGGGGCAACAUUGGUACCCCAAAGAGUAAGGUCGACUGGGGUGUUGACGACGACGAACUAGUCCGCUUGAGGCACCCUGUGCAACCUGGAAAUACAGCAGAGGAGCCAGAUGUGUCUUGGGUGCAGUCACUGGUGAACCAUGCUGAGCUGAAUGGCAAGAGGGGUGAAAUGGCAGGUAUGGCUUCUCGAUCGAUUAAUAGGCCUAACCUGAGCAGUCAGGGUGACUCACUGGAUCAGAGUGUUAUUGCUUCUUGGCUUGAGCAGCAGAUGCACUUGGAGCCGAAGUAA